AUGGCCAGGCUGGAGGCAGAUUUCGAUCAUUUACCACAUGGAAGGCGAUACUUCGGAGAAUUGGCCUAUACAGCAAAGUUCAAGAUCCGCGAUCCGCGAUCUAGGAGUCAGGGCAGCUGCGCGAGUUGCGCUCGGGAAGGGAGCCGCGGUAAUUUUGGCCAGUCUGCGGCUCCGAACAGCGCGUGUGAAGACUGUGUGAAGGCGCUGAGACAUGGUACUCAGAAGGCGCUCCACCUCGAAUCCGAGCUUCUACUAGGCUCGACAACUCAUCAUCUGCAGUUCCAUAUUACGGCUACGCAGACGUUCCGCCAGCUCUCCCUGACAUCUGCCGAUCUUCCUAGUCGGGCCGGACAGCGUCAGAGGCGCAUGGGCGCGGGCGCGGGCAUUGGAGCUGAUUGGGCAUGGAUACCACAAGCAGCGUCACAGGCAAGAGGCAUUCGGGGGGUAGAUCCCCGCCAGGCGGAUAAACGUCGGUUCGGGGAGAUUCCUCAGCUGAGGAAAGAAGACAAGUUCGCCUGCCUGUUCGUCCUCGCCUGCGGCACUGGACCGGACACUUCGCCAAGCAGCGGCAAAGCGAAGAGCGUCUGCAGCCGUUCUCCGCGCGCGUUACGUGCGUUACAUGGGGUUACGUACGAUGUUCAGAUCCAGGUCCGACCCGAAAGCUAA